GGCAUUCUUUUAGUUCGAUUUCGUGUGCGGACGUCGACUGACAGACGGCACCAAGAAUUUAGCCGGGAACUCGGGGAAAAUCUAGAAACAAUCGAGAAGUCAGGAAAAUUUAAACGCGUGUUUACAUUUUACGUUCCUACCAUCAAAUAAAACCAAUUCCAAUCACCAACGAGAAAGGUUGCAACCCGAUUUGCUCCCCAUCAACAAUGCAGCAUUAUUUACUUUUGUUUGGCGCGCUCAUCUCGCCGCUGGCCUCAGCUUACGCCAUCAAGUGCUACGCCUGCGAAUCCGUCUACGAGGCAAGUUGCGGCGACGACUUCGAAGUCGAGAACCAUUUCAAAUUCGACUGCGCCUUUAUUGCUCCACCGCGGUUUCUGGAGAACGAUCUGCUCAGCGUGAAUGCCACGGCCUGUUUGAAACGGGUGUUCAAGGAAAAUGGCGUACGUAAGAUCGUCAGAGGCUGCUACUUUGGCGAGGUAAAUGCCACCGAUGUGUGGUGCAAAAUGGACCCCACCCUCACGGCGGUGCAGAAUUCAAGUUGUCAUGUGUGCGACAGCGAGAACUACUGCAAUGGAUCGGAAAGGCGUCCAGUGGAUAAAUGGGAGAUUAUCGCCAGUCUGGUCUUGUUUCUCUUGGCACCUCAACUACUCUGAGGCGACAGAAGACGAAGUGGAAGUGGAAAUGGAAAUGGAAAUGUGGAGCAUGAAAUGAACAGUAAAAGGCACAGUAGCUUAAGUAAACCUAGUUCAAUUUAGAUGUAGUCCCCAGGCCCAGAACUAUCAAUUAGUGGAGGUGGAGCCCACAUUAGUAGAGCACACCAUCCACAAAACCAUUUAGCCAAGUCUGCCCACUGUAUUAAUGGCUAAUCAACGGCGAACAUGGCGUAUGGGCAACCUCAGCACACAUGAGCCGUAAAGCUGGCAAACAAAUUUCAGGCGAUCCGAAUACAAACUAAUAAAAACUAAUUUUACACAGAA